AAUCACAAUUUCCCACCAGUACACAGGUAAUUGAUGUGUUCGAUUAGUGGUUUUAAAAUAUGAAUUAUGAGUACGUAAAGACCUAUAUGUCCCAGCAGGGAGGCUGGGAUUUUUCAAACUAUUCGAGAAACUCCAGAAUAAAGGACAAGAUUAGCGGGUUUAAUGUCAAAAAGACUGGUACUACAAUUUGUGGAGUAUUGGUGAAAGAUGGCGUCGUUUUGGCCUCCGAUACUCGUGCUACCCAAGGACACAUUGUAGCAGACAAGAAUUGCUCUAAGCUUCACAAGAUUUCUGAUGCAAUAUACUGUGCAGGUGCCGGUGUUGCUGCUGAUCUAGAGCAUACAACAUUGUGGCUGGCAAACAAUAUAGAGCUCCACAGACUAAAUACAAAAAAGAAGCCAAUGGUACAAAUGUGUGUAUCCAUGCUGGUUCAUGAAUUGUACAAGUAUCAAGGAUACAAACAAUGCGCUCUUAUUAUUGGUGGACAUGAUACAUCUGGACCACAUCUGUUUAGCGUUUCACCUCAUGGUUCAUCUGACUCACUUCCGUUUUGUACCAUGGGUUCUGGGUCUCUAAACGCAAUGAGUGUCCUGGAGGAGGGUUACUUUGAUGGCAUGUCUAUAGAGGAUGCCACUAAACUCGCGGUGAAAGCUAUAAGCGCCGGUAUUACCAAUGAUUUAGGUUCUGGUGGAAAUGUAGACGUUUGUGUUAUAACAAAGGAUGGAGCGGAACACAUUCGCACAGCUGCUAAAGUUUGUGGAAGAACAUAUUCCUCCUCUAACUUUACCUUUGCUCCAGGAACUACACAAAUCCUCAAACAAAAUAUAUUGGAUGUAUCCAAACACAUUGUUGUAGAGUCAAUUGAUAUAGACUAG